AAAAUGAGUUUUAGAAUUGAGGACUCUCCAUAAUUUAAAGGAGAAGACUUAAGUCUCUCUAAAAUUUAUUAAUAUAGAGAAUCUCAAUUUUCUAGAUUCUCUUUUCCAAGUAGUGUAAGACAUUAGAAAAAGUUUAAUAUUCAAGCCUCAGUAGAAACAAAGACACCUACUCCAAAUUAAACUAAUAUAGAGAAUGCACCAACUGAAUUAAGUUAUGAAAUAGAGAGAAUGGUUAAAGAAAGAGAGCAUUUAUUUACAGAAGUGUAAUAUUUUAAUCCAAAAAUUACUUUUAAUGUUUAAGAAUCACCAUAAAGAAUAAGAAUUUCUAGAAAUAGUGCUCCAAUAACAAAUACUAGAUUAUAUUAAUUAGAUUAAUAGAUAAUAGAUGCUGAACAUACAUACAAUUAAUUCAGCUAUUAAUUAAUUUGA